CUCUCCAUGAAGGAGGUCGGGGACGGACUGCACGAGCAGAUGAACUGCAUGAUGGGUGCACUGCAGGAGCUCAAACUCCUCCAGGUCCAGACAGCUCUGGAGCAGUUGGACAUCUCGGGCAGCCGAAGCACCGUGUCUGGUCUCUCCAUGAAGGAGGUCGGGGACGGACUGCACGAGCAGAUGAACUGCAUGAUGGGUGCACUGCAGGAGCUCAAACUCCUCCAGGUCCAGACAGCUCUGGAGCAGUUGGACAUCUCGGGCAGCCGAAGCACCGUGUCUGGUGUGGAGCAGCACCAGUGCUGCAGGAGCAGUGGAGAUGUGUCUGGGCCAUGGCAGGACGAGCGGCUGCACGGGGAGACAUCGACAGUGAGGCACAGCCCUGUGUCCCUCGCGUGUGCUGUGCCACGGCCGGAGAGUUUGUCCCAUCCCACUGCACUCCUGGAGGGCAGAGACACCCCCUGCUCCUCCAGCAGCUUCUGUGGGGAGGAUGUUUACCACCCAAAAGGACCUUCCAGCAGAGCAGAGCACAUGUGGCCCAGGACAUUCGAGUCCAGCAGCCAGGGCACAGCUGGGGGGUGGCCAACGUGCCAGGAGUGCCCGGGGUGUGAUGAUGGCCAUGACUGGACAUCCUCACUGAUGUCCCAGAGCAGGAACCGGCAGCCUCUGGUCUUGGGGGAUAACAUCUUUGCAGACUUGGUUGGGAACUGGUUGGAUCUGCCAGAGCUGGAUAAGAAGGGGGAGAAAAGCGAGGCAUCCCUGUCCAUGAGCAGAUCUCAGGAGCUCUGCAGGAAGUUCUCCCUCACAGCCAACAUCUUCAAGAAGUUCCUGAGGAGUGUGCGGCCAGACCGAGACAGGCUGCUCAAGGAGAAGCCUUGCUGGCUUCCUCCUGAAGACAAACAGCCUGAGAUCUCCAAGAGAUCCAAAAAGAUGAACAAACUCAAGGGGACAUUUUACUUCCCACUUCAUGGGAACCUGCAGAACCAUCACAGCAAAGCAGAGAGGUGCCCAAAGGCAGAAAGCAACCGUGAACACCCCAAAAUCGGCACCAAGAAAGUCCAUGAUUCCAUAGACUACACCCAGUCUGGGUUUGACAUCAAUACAGCUGUUUGGGUCUGA